CGGCGGUGCCAAAUGCUCGACUAAAUUAUCCAGCAGAUUGGAUGGAAAUUUAAAAAAAAUAAAAAAAUAAUUUAAAAUAAUUACAGAGACCUGGUCUACGCCGUCAGUAGACUGAAAUUAUUGUCUGAAAAUGUAAAUAGGAGGAGAUUGACUGAGGCGAGAUUUUAUAGGUUGGUAGCGUGUAGAUCCCCCAUUCAGAGUUCGAGUCUCGGCCAUGGCGGCCGUCUAUUCGACCCCGGGAAACCCUCCCACUGUGUCUACUGUUGUUUGCCAAAAUUAGUUUGGGGUUAAAACUGUGGCAUGUUUUGGCACGAGUACUGUAAGAUCACGAAUUGUACGUGCAAAUAAGGGCAAGUGCCCUCUGGAAGGGAAGUGUAGGGUCUGUGCAGGGUUGUUUGUGCUCGGCGCUGCUGGAUUUGUAGAUCUGAGGGUUUUAAAGAGAAGAGGAGUUUGGAAGUUUAGUUUUUAUCUUUUCUGUUAUCUUUUCUUUUUUGGGGUUUGUUACGAUGAGAGAUAAGCGCCCGUUGGAUAACGACGGAAAUGAUGAAGCCCGACCAGAGGAGAAGCGCCAGAAAGUACCUCAGCUUGCAAGUGUUAUAGUGGAAGCUCUAAAGGUGGACAGUUUGCAAAAACUCUGCUCAUCCUUGGAACCGAUCCUUCGGAGGGUGGUUAGUGAAGAGGUUGAACGUGCCUUAGCAAAGUUAGCACCAGCUAAAAUUGCUAACAGGGCUUCUCCAAAACGCAUAGAAGGGCCUGAUGGAAGAAACCUGCAACUGCAUUUCAGGUCAAGAUUAUCACUCCCUCUAUUCACAGGUGCAAAGGUAGAGGGAGAGCAGGGUGCUGCCAUUCAUGUUGUUCUGCUGGAUGCAGACACAGGUCGGGUUGUUACAUCAGGGCCUGAGGCAUCUGCAAAGUUAGAUAUUACAGUCUUGGAAGGAGACUUCAACAAUGAAAAUGAAGAGAAUUGGACACAAGAGGAUUUUGAGAGUCAUGAAGUUAAGGAGCGGGAAGGGAAGAGGCCUUUACUGACUGGAGAAUUGCAAGUUACAUUGAAGGAAGGUGUUGGUACUAUUGGGGAAUUAAUCUUUACUGAUAAUUCAAGUUGGAUAAGGAGCAGGAAAUUCAGACUUGGAUUAAAAGUUGCAUCAGGUAACUGUGAAGGCAUCCGUAUUCGUGAGGCUAAGACAGAAGCCUUCACUGUUAAAGAUCACAGGGGUGAAUUGUAUAAGAAACACUAUCCACCAGCAUUAACUGAUGACGUGUGGAGAUUAAAUAAAAUUGGAAAAGAUGGAGCAUUUCACAAGAAACUAAAUAAAGCAGGGAUUUACACAGUUGAAGACUUUCUGAGGCUUGUGGUCAGAGAUCCUCAAAAGUUACGAAAUAUCCUUGGAAGUGGUAUGUCAAACAAAAUGUGGGAGAGUACAAUAGAGCAUGCAAAAACUUGUGUCCUUAGUGGCAAACUGUAUGUUUACUACACUGAUGAGACACAAAAUGUUGGGGUCAUCUUCAAUAAUGUCUAUGAACUGAGUGGUCUUAUUGCAAAUCAGCAAUAUUAUCCGGCUGAAUCACUAUCUGAUGCUGAGAAGGUGACUGUUGAUGCAUUGGUGAAGAAGGCAUAUGAUAACUGGAUGUCUGUUGUAGAAUAUGAUGGAAAGGCAUUGCUUAAUCUAAAGUCAAACAAGAAAGGUAGUUCUUCUUGCCAAGAAGCUUCCAUACCCACCGUGCAAUAUGCUAAUGCUUAUAACCAGCAAGCUUCAGUAAGUUCUGAACCAGUUGGGAUGCAAGCUGCUCAAGCUUCAGCUAAUGCUGGGUUGACUGGAGGUGGUGUAUCAACAAAUUCAGUUGCAAAAUAUGCAGGUCAACCUUUACAAAUGACAACCACCAAUCAACUUCCCUAUGGAAAUCUUUCUUACAAUCCACCAAACCAGGUAGCAUUACCAGGACUACCACGUCAGAAUGCCCCUUCAGGUACAGAUUCCUUGGUGGGUCUUGCACUGGGGCCUCCACAGUCAACAGUCUCAACUGUUGUUCCUUAUCAUUCCAUGGGGACAGUAAUGCAGCUAGGAAGUACAAAUGGAGUAGAAGACUGGUCGCAUAACAGAGAUAAUAGAGGCCAGGUGGAUGACUAUUUCUCUGAAGAAGAUAUACGUACAAGAAGUUUGGAAAUGUUAGAAAAUGAAGACAUGCAACAUUUGCUACGCAUGUUCAGUAUUGGUGGUGGAGGUGUCGGUGUUGCAGAUGAUGGUUUUCAGUAUGCUGCUGCUUUUACCCCAGCUGUAAAUUAUGGCUUAAAUGAAGAUCGAACUCGUGGAUCUGGGAAAGCUGUUGUUGGAUGGCUAAAACUCAAAGCAGCCCUACGUUGGGGUAUAUUUAUCAGGAAGAUUGCUGCAGAAAAGAGAGCACAUCUUGAAGAACUGGAUUAAUAACUUGGAUAUUGUGUUUCAGACUUGUGUUUUUUGUUAAUUUUAGCUAGAUCCACUCAGUGUACAGGUGUAUCCCAAACCACACAGGGAAAUCAUUGUUCUGGAUGGAUGGCAGUUGUACAAAGACCUUGCCCUUUUUUUUGGAGGGUGCAGUCCAAUUUACUAGCUGCAUCUUCCAUGAUGGAUGGAAAUGAUUAGGAUUGGCUAGAAAUGUCUUUGUUCAUGAUGUUGUACACUUCUUAUCAACCACGCUGGCUAUAAUGUUCAUGAUGUUGUACACUUCUUAUCAACCACUCUUAAAAUCUUAACUGCAAGAUGACUGUAAUCCCAUGUGCACUAUAAAGUGAAUGUAUUAUGCUUGUCAUGUAAAAAUAAAGUCAAUCUAUCAGACAUAAUUGUCCCAGCAGAAGCCUUUCUCUGCUGGUUCUACUCUGUUUUUUUCAAAAUUAAUUUUGCAUUAAUAGGUGUAGUUUUCAAGACAA